AUGGGCUACGCGCAGCUUGUUAUUGGCCCUGCUGGCAGUGGCAAGUCAACAUAUUGCUCCAGUUUGCACCGACAUUGUGAAGCUGCUGGGCGUUCAUUACAUAUUGUGAACCUAGAUCCUGCUGCAGAACAGUUUGACUAUCCGGUGGCUAUGGAUAUUAGGGAACUCAUUUGUUUGGAUGAUGUUAUGGAGGAACUUGGGAUGGGUCCUAAUGGUGCUCUGAUGUACUGCAUGGAAGAACUGGAAGACAAUCUGGAUGAUUGGUUAACAGAUGAGUUGGAUAAUUACUUGGAUGAUGAUUACCUAGUUUUUGACUGCCCAGGCCAAAUAGAACUUUUUUCACAUGUGCCCGUGCUCCGAAACUUUGUGGAGCAUUUGAAGAGUAAAAAUUUCAAUGUUUGUGUCGUAUACUUGCUUGAUUCACAGUUUAUCACUGAUGUGACCAAGUUCAUAAGUGGGUGUAUGGCAUCUCUUUCUGCAAUGGUACAAUUUGAAUUGCCUCAUAUUAAUAUCCUCUCCAAGAUGGAUCUUGUAACCAACAAAAGGGAUAUUGAAGACUUCUUGAACCCACAGGGUCAAGUUUUGUUGUCUGAAUUGAAUCAACUCAUGGCACCUCAGUUUUUAAAGCUAAACAAAGCUUUGAUUGAGCUGAUUGAUCAAUAUAGCAUGGUGAGUUUUGUGCCCCUUGACUUGAGGAAGGAGAGCAGCAUUCGAUAUAUAUUGUCUCAGAUUGACAACUGCAUUCAGUAUGGAGAAGAUGCAGAUGUGAAGGUUAAAGAUUUUGGUCCAGAAGAUAUUGAUGAUUAG